UUAAAGGCAGUGCUUUAAUGCCUUUCUAGUUGCCGGGUUAAUCCUUCCUUCCGCGAUAUCCAACUUAUCUACGUGGGGGGUCAUUAGACUCCAAGUAGAUCCGGAAAUGUUGAAUUCUCUCCUCUUCUUAUUGCGAUAUAAAAUGUUUUUUGUUUCAUUUCAUUUACAUUGGGAAAUAGAGAAACGAUCAUUGUGUUUUGUUAGUUUUAAAAACUUUUGAUAUAUUAGUAUUUUGCAUUAUAAGCAGUCAACCGAUUGACAAACUAGAAUUAUUUGAAUUCCGUGUGGAAAGAGCUCGGGUUAAUUUCGAGUGUUAUCUGCAAUCUAGAUGUUUAUAAAUCAUUUCAGUCGUUGAUAUAAUAAUUAAAGGUCGACUGAACAUGAAUUAUAUUAUACAAUUUAAAGCGCAUUUCUGUUUCUGCACGUAAACCCGUCUAACGUUAUUUUCGCAGUUAUAUAAAGUAGCAAAUUAUCGUUCCUGAAUAGGUGGCGCCGUUGUAGCCGAUCCUGUUCCUCAACUUCCGUUUUCUGCACUGUGCAACUAUUUCAGUUAUAUUUUUAAUUAACGAUGACAAGUACUUGUUGUUGUGUACCUGGAUGUCAUUUAAGAGGAGGACAUGCAUUUCCAAAUGACUUAAAAAGAAGGAAAAGUUGGAUCAACGCCAUGGCCCAUACGCAGAUUGGACGAGAACACGAUGAUAUCGUGGAGUCCAUCUCAAUCAGCUGUUGUUUGCAAGGCACGUUUUACUGAAAAAGACUACGUGCUGGAAACUAUUCAUGGGCGCAAACCCACCAUACAGAGACUUAAGUCUACUGCAAUUCCCAGCCUAUUUUCCUGGACCAAGCAAGAGACUGAAUCGUCCGCAAAAAGAAAAAUCAGGGCAGUUUCCUGUGAAAACAAAAGAACUAAACUUGAUGAAUAUUGUAGUAGAAAUCUAGAGGAAAGUUUCGAUUGUAAAGUUGGUUUUCCUGAAGAAGUCAUUCAUACUGCAGAAAAGAUUUAUGACUGUCCACCACCAACUGCCGAGCUAAUGUUGAGCUUCACAGAUGGAAUUACGCAAACACCAUCAAUGCCUAUGUUUUCAGCAGAGAAUUUUGAAAUGAAGACACGUGACACAGCCAUGCAUUUUUAUACCGGUUUAGAGUUGUAUACUAAAUUUUUAUUUGUUUUGACCACACUUGGUCCAGCAGCACAUUGUUUGAGAUACAUAUAUUUUCAAAUUGAUAGGGUGUCAGUUGAAAAUCAGUUUUUUUAUGACUUUGAUGAAAUUGAGGCAUCAUACAACCAACUUUGAACUGUCUAGAUUCUAGAUUGAAUCUAGUGUUAAGAAUAUUGUGUAUACAUGGAUUGUUUUUAUGUCUAAACAGUGGUGUGAGGCUAACACUUAGCCAUCUAGUGGUUUAGUCAGGUAUUUUUCAGCACAGAAUAUCCCGUGAUAAAACCUAAAGCUCCUAGAGCUCAGGCAACCUUUUCAUCAAUUAAAACAGAAACACUGAAAAUUCUUGAAUGUUCGACACCUGGUGGUUUAGUCAACUAUGUCUCUAUGUCACAUAGAGCGAAUUAUUGGACUUGGCAAAACAUACAAAAUUCUAAUAAAUCAUAUGAAUGGAACUGAAACAAAACUUUCAUCUGAAAUAACAUUUAGUUGUUUUAUGUUGUGUAAUUUUAGAACUUGUAUUGUGCCAAAGGAUGCAGAAAUAAAAGUGACGCAAUGAA